AGCAGCUGAGGUGAGCAGCCUGCAGCCCACUUGAAUCUGAGGCUCGCUCGCAAGGACCUACGCACGCCGCCGCUCCCUGCCGAUUCCCCUUCCAGCCUGGUGCCCGCCGGCGGCCGCCCUCCUGCAGCUCGACUUCUCCUGCAGGGCUGCAGGCUCCAGCCUCUGCCGGCCGCCUCCCUCCCGCAGCCUGGUGCCCACCGGCCGUCUUCGGAUCCCCUUCUGCUCGCCCUCCCGCAGCCCCGUGCGGUGGUGCCCGCCGACCGCAGCAAGCUUAACCCAGUACGGCAUUAUAUAUUUUGCGAUCCACGAAUCUCAUAGGAAACAGCUUAGGACAUGGCAAUGGCUGUGGAGGCGCGUCUCCGGCAGGAGAAGGUGAAGAAGUUUGAAGAUUUCGUUGACCGGCGGCUCAAGCCUGACCUCGUUAACGCCAUAGCCCAGCGCGAUAACUUGUUCCAGCAGCAGAAGACAUUCUUGGAUUUGAAGAAGAACAUCGAAAAUUUGGAAAAGAAUGGUGUAACGAGUAUGCGAUCUAUGGUCAAUCUUGGGUCAGAGGUGUACAUGCAGGCAGAAGUGCCGGACACGAAGCACAUCUUUGUGGAUAUUGGUCUAGGUUUUCAUGUGGAGUUUACUUGGCAAGAGGCUUUGCAGUUUAUAUCUGUAAGAGAAGCAAGGUUGGCCAGACAAAUAGACGAGUACACACACCUCAUAGCGAGCAUAAAAGCACAGAUCAAGUUGGUGUGUGAAGGUAUCCGCGAACUCCUGCAGUUCCCGGCGGAGUGAACGGCCAGGAUCAAACUUGCGGCAGAGAGAUGCUUACACACCAAACUUGCGGCAGAGAGAUAGAGAUGCUUGGUAGAGGGAUAUGAUGUAUCUUGCCAUGGAUUUUUUUGAAGAUUCUUGCAACAAGCUGUAUGCCAAGAAUGCAGCUCUCCCAAGUCCCAAUGUUGACUAGGAGGCAUUGUGUAAACUAAAUAUAGGUAAAAGAAGUGGCAAAUGAGAAUAUUGUGAUCAUUGAACUUUUGUUUAAAUUCCGUGAAGGUUGUUGCAAA